UUCAAAGUUCACACUGCCUGCAACUUUUGACACAUUUGAAGACUGAUUUUUGGAAUCACUGGAAACAUGUUUGCCUCAGCUGUGCUUGUCUUCACCUUGUGUUUGUGCUAUCUGAAUCCUACCGUUGGACAGGACUGUCAAAGUAGACAGGAUCUACAGGGCUCUCUGAAGCAGAUCCAGAAGCUCCUCUCAACAUACGAAGCCUCUAAUUUGCAAAGUCUGCGCAACCUUAAGAAGAAAAUAAACCUGUUGCAGAGCACAGCUGGGAAGCAGAUCACAAAAGCCGUCAACAGUACCUGCCCAAAACUGGACGCACCGAUGAAUGGAAGGAAACUUGGCAGGUCUCACAGUGUGGGCCAUGAAGUUCACUUCCUGUGUGAUCCUGGAUACGAACUUGUAGGAUCAGAGAGCAGGGUUUGUCAGGACAGCCUGACCUGGAGCGGCCAGCAGCCUGCCUGCCGAGACACCAAUGCAUGUGCGUGCUCUCCGUGCCUGAAUGGAGGGACAUGCGUGGAUGAACGGAAGAAGUUCUCUUGUGUUUGUGCCAAAGGCUGGGCUGGAGCUACCUGUCAGAACCAAAUGCCAAAAUUCUUUGUCAUCAUGACAAACACCUCUGCAGCCACCUCCCCAGCCACAAAUGCUGCCGCAGCAGCUACCUUACCUGCUGCCACCUCAGGGCCCUUUGUCCGUCCAUCCCGUUGCACUUUAACGCAGGGGACCACCCACUGCACCUGUGAGCCAGGAUACACCAUCUCUGGCAGGGAUAGCAACACCUGCACUGAUAUAGAUGAAUGUGAGCUGUUCCAUAACGGUCAGGCUGGGAGACUCUGUUUGCACACUUGCAUUAACACACCUGGAGGUUACCGCUGUUCCUGCCCUGUUGGAUACAAUUCCACCCGUGAUGGACGCAGCUGCAAAGAUAUUGAUGAGUGUGCCACCAGACAGAACAAUUGCACAAAGGACCAGACGUGCAUUAAUACAUAUGGAGGUUUCCAGUGUGUACAUGUGGAUUGCCCUAAAGUUCCUCAUGCAACAUAUGUCAAGACGUCACCCAUGCGUUGUGAGCGUAACCCCUGUCCCUUGGACAACAAGGCAUGCUCUCAGACCCCAAACUCCUUCUCCUACCAUUACUUGGCUGUGGUUUCCAAUCUGUCAGCUCCUCGUGUCAUGUUUAGAGUUUCAGCGUUGCGUCCAAUGGGUGACACACUUCGCUUCUCCCUGCUGGGUGGAAAGCUAGCUCGGCGCCACUUCACAGUCCAGCGCUCAGACCGGUUGACAGGUCAGCUGAUGCUGGUGAGCCCCGUGCAGGGUCCUGCCACACUCGAGGCUGAAGUGGAGAUGAGCGAGCUGGAGAAGGGAGUCCAGCUGGGGAGGUUCAUCACCAAAGUCACCAUGUUUAUUUCUCAGUACGAGUUCUAGAAAGAGAGGGGUAGCUGUAGGAAACACACAAAUAAGAACAAAGGGCAAACAAAAGGCUGGGUUGGUAUGAAAUUAAUCAUAGCAUAAAUCAAUCUAAAGAACACGGCACAGUUUCUAAAGGAGUUUCUUCAGGUCAAAAAACGGAAACAUCAGCAGCCAACAUAUUGACUCUCAAGUUCAGCUUCAAUGUUAGUGUGAUGUGUUUGUGAUGUCUCAGGACAAGAGCGUAUGUAAACAUAUUUAAUGCACAAAGAUAGCAACGGGUCUGGUUGGUAUAAAACGGGAAAGACAUGUAGCAACCAAAACAGUGAAACAGCAUUCAAGUAGAAAAAACAUGUUGUUGCCAUGUAUGUUUAGUAUACUGGAAAUGUUAUUUUAACGUUUAGAGAGUUUGAGUGUUUCUAUGUACAUUUAAGUUUGACUUCUAGUU